AUGGCUCGAGCUCUCGCCGCGCUCGCGGACGCGACGCGGCCGCGACGCGGGCGCGAAGCGUGGCCGGAAAACUUUUCCGAGUCGAGGGCGCGCCGCCAAGCUGCGGUGUACGGGCGUACACCGCAGCACCAGCAGCAGGGUUACUUUUUUCGUGGCCCGGUGUGCGACGACGAUAAGCGCGAUAGGAGGAGGCGUCCCCGUGUGUUACGUAAGCGCGCGAAGUUGCGGCGGUGCCUGCUGCGUGCGUGCUUGAAACUGCCACGGCAAGGGCACCCAGACCCCGCGGUUACGUCAGCGGGCGUUCCUUUUUGGGGUGCGGGGAGUUACCCGGCGUGGGACGUCGGAGGUGAUCUUGCUUACGUCAGGGCGGGCGAUGUCACUGUGCACGGGGGGGUUUCGGCGCCACGUGACGUGCGGACCCUGCCGCCCAGGGUUUCACCAGUGCCGGAAAUAGCUCUCCCCUGCGGACGCCGUGUGUACAUGUAG